UAACUAAACGAUCGCAGAUAAACAGUCGGGCAGAGGAAGGAAGACAGACGUGCGAGCGAAGGCUGGCAGUAGUUUCGCACUUAAUGGCUUUUAUAUUACAACAAAACGCGUUUGUGGUUCACACUUAGAGCGUUUUCUGCGUAUGUAGGAUCAAUUUACGUCAGAAUACGUCUGAGAAGUUUUAACCCAUUUACUGAUGGACUGACAGACGGAUUCUCCUCAGACGACGCAAUCCAUACAGUUCACAUUUCACCUCAUUCUCUCAAGUAAAAAGCCCGUGUUUUCCGUCAGGAGGACUUCAGACAAUUAAGACAUGCAGAUCUGUGAACAGCGUUGACCGGCGGUCUCUGGAGAAACAUGGAGUCUUGUGCCGAGUCUCAGGGUGAUCCUGAGAGAGCUCAGCAUCAUGCAGAGAGCAGAGAGAACCCUGUCAACCCAGCUGCCUUAAUGCCUGGUGAUGAUGCGGCGCUUCUGACCCCGGGAAGGAUGAGUCAGCGUGGGAAGGAGGCGGGGCUGCACACGCCCAGUAAAGACCUGCUCACAAGCCCCUCCCUCAGCCCAGGCGUCAGCUACAGCCACGGUUUUGAUCGUGGCAAAGAAGAAAUCCUGCCUCUGAAAGAAGACUCCUCACACUCCAUAUCCAAGAGCAAGUCGGAAACCAAGCUCUAUAAUGGCUCAGACAAGGACGUAUCGGCGUCUGGAAACAAACUUACGAAAAAGGAGUCACUCAAGGUACAAAAGAAGAACUACAGGGAAGAGAAGAAACGUGCCACUAAAGAACUGCUCAGCACCAUCACUGAUCCGUCUGUCAUCGUCAUGGCCGACUGGCUCAAGAUCCGUGGCACGUUGAAGAGCUGGACCAAGCUGUGGUGUGUGCUGAAGCCAGGCGUCCUGCUGAUCUAUAAGACCAAUAAGAACGGCCAGUGGGUCGGUACCGUGCUGCUUAACGCCUGUGAGCUCAUCGAGAGACCCUCGAAGAAGGAUGGGUUCUGCUUCAAGCUCUUCCACCCGCUCGAGCAGUCCAUCUGGGCCGUCAAGGGUCCCAAAGGAGAAGCCGUGGGGUCCAUCACACAGCCGUUACCCAGCAGCCACCUGAUCUUCAGAGCGGCUUCAGAAUCUGACGGCCGGUGUUGGAUGGAUGCUCUUGAGCUGGCUCUGAAAUGCUCGAGUUUGCUGAAGAGAACGAUGAUCAGAGAGGGCAAAGAGGAGACGCCGCAGACCGCAGAGCAGUCGCACAUCAACUUCUACAGUCUGCUGCGGGCGCACAACAUGCAGGGCUUUCAGUUUAACGACAGUGACCAGUUCAAGGAUCCGGACCUGUACUCGGAUAAGUCGGACCGUGAGAAUGAGCAGGAGCAGGAGGAGUGGGAAAAUGAGGUGAUGGAGAAAAGCGAAGAGAGCGACAGCGACACGUCGGAGCGACAGGAAGACUCGUACGUCGACCUGGAUCCCAACGAGACGCUGCGGGAAACGCCGUACAUUGAGCAGAGCCACGAGGAGCUCGGAGAGGCUGGCGAAGAGUCUCAGACAGAGACAGUAUCAGAAGAGAAUAAAUCUCUGAUCUGGACUCUACUGAAGCAGGUCCGGCCCGGCAUGGACCUGUCCAAAGUCGUGCUUCCCACCUUCAUCUUGGAGCCACGAUCCUUCCUGGACAAACUGUCCGAUUACUACUACCACGCUGACUUCCUGUCGGAAGCGGCGGUGGAGGAGAACGCUUAUAACCGAAUGAAGAAGGUGGUCAAAUGGUACAUUUCUGGAUUCUACAAGAAGCCAAAGGGUUUAAAGAAACCGUAUAACCCCAUUAUCGGAGAAACAUUUCGCUGUUUAUGGAUCCACGCCAGGACGAACAGCAAAACCUUCUACAUCGCAGAACAGGUAUCCCAUCAUCCUCCAGUUUCAGCCUUUUAUGUCAGUAACAGGAAGGAUGGCUUUUGUCUCAGCGGCAGCAUCCUGGCCAAGUCCAAGUUUUAUGGAAACUCUCUGUCGGCCAUCUUAGACGGUGAAGCCAGGCUGUCUUUUCUGAACAGAGGGGAGGACUAUGUGAUGAACAUGCCCUACGCUCACUGCAAAGGGAUCCUGUACGGUACUAUGACUCUGGAGCUGGGCGGACAGGUGUCCAUCACCUGUGAGAAGACAGGCUACAGCGCUCAGCUGGAGUUCAAACUCAGGCCGUUCCUUGGCAGCAGUGAUAGUGUCAAUCAGAUCAGCGGGAAGAUCAAACUUGGGAAGGAGGUGCUGGCGACACUCGAGGGGCACUGGGACAGUGAAGUCUUCAUCAACGAUAAGAAGACGGGUGAGAUGGAGACGUUUUGGAACCCAACGCCAGAGCUGAGGCAGGACCGACUGAUCCGAUGCACCGUUCCUCCUGAAGAACAGGGCGAGUUUGAGUCCGAGAGGCUGUGGCAGCAUGUGACACGGGCCAUAAAUAACAAGGACCAGAUGGAGGCGACCAAUGAGAAGUUCAUUCUGGAGGAGGUUCAGAGGAAGGCGGCACGCGAGCGCAAGGCCAAGUGUGAGGAGUGGACGCCCGCUCUGUUCGAGCAAGACCCCGCCACCGGAGAGUGGCAUUACCGCUACGCCGACACUCGUCCAUGGGAUCCGCUCAACGAUCUGAUUCAGUUCGAGAAAGACGGCUGUAUUCAGACCAAAGUGCGCCACAGGACGCCUAUGGUACGUUCAGCCAGUGUAGUUAGUCUCAGUACCCAGCAGGGCUCCCGGAGGGACAAUUACCUGAGCCAGGUGACGGGACCAAAACGGAAACAUAAGAGCGACAAACCUAAAAGUCCAGAAAGUGGCUGCUCGUCUCCGGAGCCGGAUCGACAGGACUCGUCAGGCAGCGAGAGGCACAAAAGCAAACACAGCAGCCGCCUCAGGAAGAAAGGAACAGAUCUGAGUGAAAUCCAAAGUGCCAUUGAGUCGAUCCGACAAACACAGGAAGACAUUAACAGGAGCGUCAACGCCCUGAGGAGUCGAGUGGCGAGUCAAUCGACGACGGAAAGUUGGUUCCUCACUCACAGAGAUUUCGCCAUCAUCCUCUUCCUCAUCUUCGUCCAGGUCCUUCUCAACUUCAUCUUCAAGUAACGACACAAACCCUCACUAGUCCAGGUCUCCUCAAACGGGCGACCCUAUCAUCUCACGACACAUUCGGUUAGUUCGUUUUUUUUGCGUCGUGCAAAAGGACGGCUAAUAUCAGCCGCGGUUGAAGUGCAUAGAAAUGACUGUUUACUUUUAUUCUUCAAAAAGAGGAAAUUCUCAUCAGCCUCUAAUUGUUUUAAUUUAUUUUAACAAUGUUUUUUUUACCGUUCAUGAGCGCCCCCUGCUGUAGUGGAGGACGUCAGUCAAUAUACAAACUAAAUGGGUGAAUAUCUUGAAAUCUAGGUCGUAUUUUGCCCUAAAAUUGAAAAACGCAAUGAAAAGCAUUUUGCAUUAUGAUAUUUUCAUGACAAAUAAGCACAUUUCACCCCAAAAUGUCAUGACAAGUGCAAAAAAAAAAAAAAAAACUAAUUUUCCUUACUAUAAUCCCAAAAAAAAUAAGUAUUUGUACGUGAUGGUAUUUAUUGUACUGCCUUUAAUUUGUACUGAUUUAAAUGCGAAUGGAUGCAUUAUAGCAAUGAGAAUUUGGAAAUGUUAUGAAAGUGAAUAUGUCUUAAUGCGUUUUAGUACUAAAAUCCACAUUUCUUUUGGUUUUUGAGGGACUGAAAUGUGACCUGGACACCCCAAUAUAAAACUUUAAGGUUCAAUAUUGCUGAUGUUACUGGUAUUUUAUGAACAUUUUAUUAAAUGAAUGAAGGAUGUUGUGAGUCGAGGUCAAAUUUUGUAUUAUUUAAAGCUGUUCCGGGAACAAUUUCAUUAUAAAUCUUAAUUUUAACUGCACAGUAUGUGGAUCCUGCAUUUCAUACGUUCGUGAGUCGUGUUUGAAGGUAAUAAUAAUAAUGUUUAAUUUAUUUGAACGAUACUGGAGCGUGUACAGUAUCCCGAGCGUCACAUUUAAUAUUACUCCGAGGAAACAGUAGAUCUAGGCGUAGUAAACCUGUAGCAGGAAAUACUGUUGCGUACUUUUGUAGUUGCUUGACUCUCGUCUGCCACUGUUACAUCAGACUAGAUGUACGAUUAUCAAGCCAAAUAGUCUGAGAGUAGAUUAGAGUGUUAACGUCUCAUCUGUACAUAGUAAAAAAACCCAUUUCCUUUUGUACUUCUAGAGAAACGUGUGCUAGCCAGACGCCGUCGCCCAUAGCCCCGUCACGUGUCUUUGUUCUGCGGGCGUUCGUUCGGUCACCUGAUCACUUGCACCGCGUCCAAUCAGAUUGAAUGUGCUCAUGUCAACAACAACUACUAAAAAAAAAACCACGUGCCUUUACGAGCGGGUCCUGCAGCCGGAGUCUGAGGGAUUGAGCCCGACUGUUUAAUUCCUACCAUCGUUUGUCUUUAUUUCUCACUUCGAGUGAAUGUGCCAUACUCGAUCUCGGAGACGUUUCCGGCUCGGCGUCUCACUGUGAGUUUUAGAUUUCGUCCCGAAGCUCAAAAGCUGCCAUAGAUCUGCCAUCGUCUGCCACCAAACCAGGGAUCAAGCUGUAUGUCACAUGCAUUCUGUUCAGUGUUCGUCUCCACGUUGCACACUUCAUGCUUCUAGUUGAGCUCAUUGUUCGUUUUGUUCAGGUUUUUUUUUUUUUUGCCCCAGGCUCUUUUUAAAGGUUUUUACUCCUGCUGAUCCAUGUUUUUUUUUUUUUUCUUGAUAAUUUCCUGCAGCUGUCUCUAUGUACAGAACAUGCUUUAUUUGUAUUACAGAAAUAACUUCCUGUAAGUUUAUUGUCACCUGUGACAUAUCACCAAAUAAAAGAAAAAGACUGUA